AUGGCAGGAGGUCGGGGGAAAAGUCUUAUGAGUCAAGUUGCCGGUAAAGGCAAGAGCUUAAUGAAAGCCUUGAGCGGGAAGGGGGACAAUCCGGAAGAUCCGGAUCGCAUUGGAGACCGAGAUGUCCUUGACAAUCCGGAAGAUCCGGAUCGCAUUGGAGACCGAGAUGUCCUUGCUUCCACCCGUAGAAGAAAGCAGUUAGCUCGAGAAGCAGCGUUACAGCGGGAAGAAGAGAGACUGAGACGAGAAGCUGUUGCAGCUGGAGCCGGACCCUGUACAUUGCCACAUGCCGACGACGAUAAUGACCACAACAACAAUCCCGAUAAUAUGGAUACUGACGAGGAGAUGGAGGAAGAUGAUGGGCCAGCAGAUGCAUUUCAGGAUCGUAGAGGUGGUCGUGCCUUACCCUUUCCGCAGCUGCCUGGUCCGGCGUACUUGGAGGGUCCGUGCGAGGGAGGGCCGCAAAAUUUAGAGUUUAUGCGAUGGUUCAAGUCGCAUAUAGCGAUGUACAUUUGGGAAGGAUAUGAGCGCCGUGAAACUACACGGUGCGAGUCGAGGACCAAAGCACUCGAGGACUACCGCGGCCCGCAGGAUAACACGAUGAUUGCGAGGUUGGAGGCAACAGGUCUUUACCACUUACGAGACUGUUUUCUGAAGAGGAUGAACAAGAACCUCAUGCUAGCUUUCGUGGAGAGGUGGCAGCCGGAGACGAACAGUUUCCACAUGCCAUGGGGCGAGAUGACGAUCACGCUCCACGAUGUCGCUUUCAUCAUGGCGUUGCGGCUGGACGGACCAGCAGUGUCUGAAAUUCGCCCGGUAGAAGAGUGCUCAUAG